AUGUCCAAGCAAGACAGACUUCGCACUAGAAGGGCUUUGGCAUCAUCGGUGUCGGGAACUACGCUUUUGAUCAUGAUCCAGUUGGUUUCGCGGCUGUUCACCUUUGUUGCUAAUCAACUGGUCCUGAGGAACCUGUCACCAGCGACUCUGGGAGCAGCAACUCAACUCGAGUUGUUCAUGGUUACGAUCUUAUACUUCUCUCGGGAGGCCAUCAGAUUAGCCAUUCAGAGACAGCCUCUGGAUUCGGCUUCAUUCCCCGACAUCAGCAAACAAGAGAAGUCGCGCAUAGCUUGCGACAAGGAAAUGGAAGCUCAAUCUAUGGCGACUCAAUCUAUAGUGAACAUGUCCUACCUCAGCCUUGGAAUUGGAAUCGCGCUGUCUAUCUUGCUCGGUACUUCCUACAUACAGUUUGCUGCUGAGCAGGUUGCUCAGACAUCUUUCUAUCGCGGCAGUGUGGCAAUCGUCUGUCUCGCGUCGACCUUAGAGCUAUGCACUGAACCUUUCUUUGCUGUAGUCCACAGAUAUAUGCUGUACAAGACUAGGGCGACCGUUGAAAUGGCCGCGGCAUUUGUAAAGAGUCUAACAACGUGUGGUCUAUUUACCUGGGCGUCCUGGAAUGGAAACAAUGUCGGUAUACUUCCAUUUGCACUUGGUCAUCUCUCUUAUGCCUUGGUGCUUCUCUGCGGCUACUCUGCAGCUCUGUCAAACGCAGCGAGUAGAUGGCAUUUUUCGUUUCUGCUCAGCCGCAUAAGAACAAGGGAUAAGUCCGUUUAUGUCAUGGGCAUGUUUUCGUCGCAGUUGAUCUCUCUAUCUGCAAAUCUCUUCUUUCAAUCUGUGGUCAAGCAUUUGCUCACGCAAGGGGACGCCAUGAUGCUCGCCGCAAUGGCGAGCUUGGAGGAUCAGGGGAUAUAUUUCCUCGCUUCUAACUAUGGUGGUCUUAUAGCUCGCGUCCUUUUUCAGCCAAUUGAGGAAAGCUCUCGCACCCUCUUUUCGUCACUGCUGGGUCUCAGUGACUUAAACGGAGAAAAAUCAAGCAACAUCGAGGCUGCUAAGACGCAUCUUACCGACGUCAUGAAGGCAUACGGGAUCCUAUCUGCUCUCAUCUUUCCUUUGAACCCCGUCAUAAUCAAGCAAAUGCUUCACCUAUUGGGUGGUACAGGAUGGGCUGGUUUUGAAGUCUAUCGCCUGCUUUCGCUUUAUUGCUCCUAUAUACCCUUUUUGGCAUUCAAUGGUAUAACAGAGGCCUUUGUCUCGUCUGCUGCUAAUGGGUCGGAGCUUCGAUCACAGGCGGGCUGGAUGGGGGUUUUCUCAGCAUGCUUUGCGCUAGCGGCCUACCUGUUCCUGAGAGUUGGCGACCUCGGCGCUCGUGGCUUGGUGUACGCCAAUAUAGUCAACAUGACAGUGCGCAUACUUUGGAGUCUAAAUUUCAUACGAGAGUACAUGCACAAUCAUGACAACGACAUAACGUUGACCGAGUUCGGCUUGAGUCCUCAUACCUAUAUUGCUGGCUUUCUAAUGACCACAAUCACAAUACUCGGGCCAGAGCUGUUCCACAGCGAUUCUCAUGGUCUGAUACAGGCGGCAGGGUUUUGCGCCUCCUAUGCCAUUCUAGUGUGA